UAGGGAUUUAAGGACCUAUAAAUACUCUCAUAUGCAUACUCAUACACAUACAGAUAGAGAUCGAGAGAGUCGGCACCGUUGUGCACAUUUCUCAGGUAAUCUGAUUAACAAUUUUGUAGUCCUUCACAGCUUACUAUGGCAGACGCUCAUGAAACUGACAAGAACAUUCAGAUAUGGAAGAUUAAGAAACUUAUAAAGGCUCUGGAAGCUGCACGAGGAAAUGGGACUAGUAUGAUCUCACUUAUUAUGCCUCCUCGUGAUCAGAUAUCACGUGUCACAAAGAUGUUGGGCGAUGAAUAUGGGACGGCUUCAAACAUUAAAAGCAGAGUGAAUCGCCAGUCAGUUCUUGGUGCAAUUACUUCUGCUCAGCAGAGGCUUAAGCUUUACAAUAAAGUUCCUCCAAAUGGGCUUGUACUUUACACUGGGACAAUUGUAACUGAGGAUGGUAAGGAAAAGAAAGUUACUAUUGACUUCGAGCCAUUCAGGCCCAUAAACGCUUCUCUUUAUCUUUGUGAUAACAAGUUUCACACGGAGGCUUUAAAUGAACUUUUGGAAUCAGAUGACAAGUUUGGUUUUAUUGUCAUGGAUGGAAAUGGGACCCUUUUUGGUACAUUGAGUGGCAAUACAAGGGAGGUACUUCACAAGUUCAGUGUUGAUCUACCAAAGAAACAUGGGAGAGGAGGGCAGUCAGCUUUGCGAUUUGCUCGUCUUCGUAUGGAAAAGCGUCAUAAUUAUGUUAGGAAGACUGCAGAGCUUGCCACACAAUUUUACAUAAACCCUGGUACCAGCCAGCCGAAUGUCUCCGGACUUAUACUUGCGGGAUCUGCUGACUUUAAGACGGAGCUCAGUCAGUCGGAUAUGUUUGAUCCUCGUCUCCAGGCAAAAAUUCUGAAUGUUGUAGAUGUUUCGUACGGUGGAGAGAACGGCUUCAAUCAGGCAAUUGAGUUGUCUGCAGAAAUCCUUUCCAAUGUCAAGUUCAUACAGGAAAAGCGUUUGAUAGGAAAGUAUUUUGAAGAGCUCAGUCAGGAUACUGGAAAAUAUGUCUUUGGAGUGGAUGAUACUUUGAAAGCUUUGGAAAUGGGUGCCGUUGAGAUACUUAUUGUGUGGGAAAAUUUGGACAUGAAUAGAUAUGUCCUUAAAAAUAAUACAACCGGUGAAAUUAUAAUAAAGCAUUUGAACAAAAACCAAGAUGGGGUUCAGAGUAACUUUAGAGAUGCAGCCACCAAUGCUGAACUUGAAGUUCAGGAGAAGAUGUCACUUCUUGAGUGGUUUGCCAAUGAGUACAAAAAAUUUGGUUGCACUCUGGAGUUUGUCACCAACAAAUCACAAGAGGGAUCCCAAUUUUGCAGAGGUUUCGGUGGAAUUGGUGGAAUUCUUCGCUACCAGCUUGAUAUGCGAACUUUUGAUGAGUACCCUGAUGAGGAAGCCUAUGAUGAUUCUGAAUAGCAAUCAAUCACCUACCGUUAUGAAGGUGCAGGAGGAUGGAGCGAAAUGACUGCACCGAUAGGGCACAAGCUAUUGUGCUCGAAUUUUGCUACUGCUGCUCCGUUUUAUCUCAAAAAUUAUAAAGCUGUUAAUAAGGGGGAUACAUUAUCUGGAUGGGAAAUGCCCGGAUAUUUCAGAUUCAUACUUUCCUUGUUUGCAGGAAAGCAUCAAGGAACAAUGCUACAACAGAUACUAGUACUUGUUGAUCAUGCUGCAACCGGUAAAGAAUUGAAGUUGAAAACUGGUCGGAAUACAGUGGUUGACAAAAUCCAGUCCAGAGGAGCUCAAUUACUGCUAUGAAAAAGGCUUUGAAAGCCUUGCAGAUAGGAAAAGUGAGCAGAAGGUUGGACGAAAAAGUCUAAUUGUCAAGGAAAAGAAGAAUGGGGCGUUCAGUGCAGAUAAAGGCACACCAGAACAUCAUCCAAUAAUAAUAAUAAGAAUAACUGAGAAAUAAACUUCUAUAAUAGCUAUGCAGCUUUCAGUUUUUUUUACCAUCUUUUUGUACUUCCAAUCUCAUAAAUAAGGCUAUAAUGCCAGUAAUAUUAGUCUGUCCUUGUUCAAUCACUUACAAUACUACUAGUACUUCGAUUUUGAUAUAAUGUUUCAAGUUUGUGUAA